UCCGGUUACUGGUCGUCUGGCUUCUUCCCCGGGUGCAGAGGUGCUCAGGAGAACUAGAAGUGGGGGUGGGGGGGCAGCCUUGGUCAAGGCAUAGUGACACUGGGGGGCCUGGAGAUGCCCCGAGCUCACAGGCUCGUCCACCCACCCACAGAAUCAUUCCUAGCAUUGCUUGAGCUUCACUUUGAGAUGCUACAAAAUCCAAGAUGGCGCUUGUAGACCCGCCUUCCCGCCUUCCUCCCAACACACAGGAAGCCCACCUCAGAGCCGAAAGCAGCCCUUCCAUUGGAGCUCUUCCAAAGGUGGCUGGGAGGCCUGCUGCAGCCGGCCAAAAGGAGCGAUGGGAAGCAGACAAACGCCCACCCAGAGGACAGAAAGCCUCUUCCAAGCUUUCCCGUCCCCCAACAGGCGAGCCAGUAAAGACUUCCCUGCCUUGAGACGCCGCCUUCCUUGCGGGAGAAGCAUGGCGGACACGGAGGAGAGGACCGCGGGCUUCCGAGCAGCCGGCUCGCGGGCCCCGGUGACGUUCAAGGAUGUGGCCGUGGACUUCACGCAGGAUGAGUGGGGCCAGCUGGACCCUUCACAGAGGAGCCUCUACCGGGACGUGAUGCUGGAGAACUACGAGAACCUCGUGUCCCUGGGGCUUCCUGUGUCUAAGCCGGACGUGAUCUCCCAGCUGGAGAGGGGACGAGGGCCCUGGAGGCAGGCAGGGGACUUCCCGAGAGCCUUGAGGGCAGAUUCUUUUAUUCAAGAGACUAGAUCUGAAACCAUGAGCUCUACUCCGAAGCGGUGUAUUUAUAUCAAAGUACCAGUCCAUGGAAGGCUCCAAAGGAAUGAGCUUAAGGUGGAAAAAGCCUUGGAAUAUGAGGCCACGUUAGAGAGGGAAAAGAGCCACCAGAGGAAACAAUCCAGACAAGUAACCAUCGCUGCAAAGAGUCUUGCCAAACAGAGGCAUUUCCAUGAAAGUAAUAGCCGUGGGAGAACAUGUAACGUAGGCUCAAUCUUUGUUCCAAAACCGAAUAUUCCUAUAGGAAAAAGUCACCAAGAUGAUGGUUCUCAAGAAAAUAGCAUCAAACCAAUUUCAGCCCCAGUGAAACAUAGCAAAGUGUCUAAAGGGAAGUCUCUUUCUAAGCAGAGUGACCACUCUGACUUUGCUCAGCUUCAUAUAACGCAUUCUGGAGACAAACCAUGUACAUGUAGUGAAUGUGAAAAAGCCUUCAGUAAGAGCGCCCAUCUUGUGGAAAACCAGAAAACCUAUCCUGGCAAGAAGAGUGAAUGUGAGAGAGAGUUCAGCCAGAGUGGAAGCCCAUCUCCCAAUGAAAGCUUUAAUAUUUUCGACAAACCCUUUAAAUGUCAUUACUGUGGCAAGGCCUUCAACAACAACUCAAGCCUGAUUCUGCAUCUAAGAAUUCACACUGGAGAGAAACCCUUUAAGUGUAAUGAAUGUGGCAAAGCCUUCAGCCAGAGGGGAAACCUCAAUGAACAUAAGAAAAUUCACACUGGAGAGAAACCCUUCAAGUGUAAUGAAUGUGGCAAGGCCUUCAGCAGCAAUUCUAGCCUUACCCUACAUCAGAGAGUUCACACUGGAGAGAAACCCUUUAAGUGUAAUGAAUGUGGCAAAGCCUUCAGCCAGAGGGGAAACCUCAAUGAACAUAAGAGAACUCAUACUGGAGAAAAACCUUUUGAGUGUGGCGAGUGUGGGAAAGCUUUCAGCCAGAGGGGACACCUUACUGAACAUCAGAGAAUUCAUUCUGGAGAGAAGCACUUUGAAUGCAGUGAGUGUGGGAAAGCCUUCAACCAUAGAGUAUCCCUUAUUGAUCAUCAGAGAAUUCAUACAGGAGAGAAACCCUUUGAGUGUAAUGAAUGUGGGAAAGCCUUCAACCAAAGAGGGCACCUUAAUGAACAUAAAAGAAUUCACACUGGAGAGAAACCUUUUGAGUGUAAUGAAUGUGGGAAAGCCUUCAUCCAUAAGGGAAGCCUUACCGAGCAUCAAAGAAUUCAUGCCGGAGAGAAACCCCUUGAAUGUAAUGAAUGUGGCAAAACCUUCAGCCAUCGAACUUCCCUCUACUCUCAUCUGAGAAUUCAUACUGGAGAGAAACCCUUUGAAUGUAAUGAUUGUGGAAAAGCUUUCAGCCAUAAUGCAUCUCUUAUUUAUCAUCAGAGAAUUCAUACUGGAGAGAAACCGUUUGAAUGUAAUGAAUGUGGGAAAACCUUCAGCCAUAGGAGAUCCCUUCUCCAUCAUCAGAGAGUUCAUACUGGAGAGAAACCCUUUCAGUGUAAUGAUUGUGGGAAAGCCUUCAGUCAGAGAGGCAACCUUUUUUAUCAUCAGAGAAUUCAUACUGGAGAGAAACCCUUUGAAUGUAGUGAAUGUGGGAAAGCCUUCAGUCAUAGUACAUCUCUCAUUUAUCAUCAUAGAGUUCAUACUGGUGAGAAACCCUUUGAGUGUAACGAAUGUGGGAAAGCAUUCAGCCAGAGGGGGCAGCUUAAUAAACACCAGAGAAUUCAUACUGGAGAGAAACCUUGUAAAUGUAAUGAAUGUGGGAAAACUUUCAGUCAGACAGGACACCUUCUUAGACAUCAGAGAGUUCACACUGGAGAGAAACCCUUUGCAUGUAAUAAAUGUGGGAAGUCCUUUAGCCAGAGGGGAAGUCUUGUUCUACACCAGAGAAUUCAUACUAGAGAGAAGCCCUUUCAAUGCAGUGUAUGUUCAAAAGCCUUCAGUCAUAGGACAUCCCUCAUUUGUCAUCAGAGAAAUCACAAUGGAAAAUAAACUAAUGAGUAGAGUGAAUUUGUCAACUCCUUCAGCUUUGGUCAUCUGUAAUGACCAUCAUAAAUGUCUUAUGGUGAACUGAAGCUUCAAAGAACCAAUUAAUUUGGCAAAUUCUAGCCACAACGGACGACUUCCUAAGUAAACACCAGAAAAUUCAUAAUAAUGGGAAAUCCUUGAGUGUAAUGGCUAUGGGAAAUCCUUCAGCACUAGCCAAGUCCUUCAAGCACUAGAGAAUUCAUGUAGAAGAAAAACCUUAUAAAAGUCAUGACCAAUAAAACCUUUGAUCUAGUUCAUGCCUCAUCUGGGGCAUCAAAGACUGUUGGAGAUUAAUGAGUAAUAAUGGGGGAUGAAAUUCUGGGGAAGGCUUUCAUGAAGAAUUGUCACUUGACAAAUACCGCAGAGUUAAGAUGAGAGACUUUGCCACCCAAUAUAUUAUUGUUUGGUUCCUAAGUAGAUAAAAAAACAUGCCUCCCUUUAUCACCUUUCUUGUACACAACAGUUGCCUUCAAUGCCAAGUUAUGCCGGAAAUAUGCCGGUUGGUGCAGGAUCUGAAAAGGCGUUUGUAGAAACAGUACAAAAAAUGUUUAGUAAAACCACCCAAGUGUUAUAUUUAUUUGAUUGCUAUGGAUUCUCCCUAUACGUUAUUUAAUUUUUCCUUUUAAAAAUUCUAAAUUUACUAUCUAGCAACAAAAAGUACAGCUACACAAGUGAGAAUAAAAGCUUAUUGUACAUGAAACUAUAGACCCCUUUCUUUGCAGUUUAACUAAAAAUGUGUACAUUAACUUCAGCAUGGAAUAGUGGAGUAUCUGACACUUACUACCAGUGUGGCCUUUGGCAAAUCACUUCCCCCCCCCCCAAAGAGUUAAUACUAACAGCGCCUCCGAUUUCAUAUUGACGGUGCUAAAGUCACCCAAGUUUGCAACCUUGCGGUCCUCUUUCCUCCUCCAUUCUCUUAACCCAUCACCUACUGACUCAGUUUCUAUUUCCACAGCAUCUUCUCUUCUCCCUCAUCACCCUUCCCUUGGAGCACUGUAGUAGCUUCCUGAUCGAUUCCCCCAUCUCUUCUCUUCCUGAAGAGAACAUUUUUACCUAAGCAGUAGGGCCAGAGAACUACAUUGCAAGCAUUUGAGGAAGAGAAUUUAAAGACGUGGAAGCACUAAGUGGAGGUUGCUUUUUUCCAUUUUGAAAUCAUGGAAGGUUCAAGUGAAGAGGCUUAAAAAAAAGAUUGGUAGGGGGCAGCUACGUGGCUCAGUGGAUGGAGAGCCAGGCCUGGAAGUGGAAGGUCCCAGGUCCAAAUCUGGCCUCAGACAUUUCCGAGCUGUGUGACCCUGAGCAAGUCACUUGACCCCCUUUGCCUAGCCUUUACCACUGCUCUGCCUUGGAACCAAUACACAGUAUUGAUCCCAAGACAAGGUAAGGGUUUAAAGAAAAAGAUGGCGAUCUGGGGAUAUUUGUAGGCAGCAGGCGAGAGUAUAAAGGUGAGGUCUGAGGACAAAGGGUUGGGACAAGUGGGGAGUGUCAGGAUGUGAGAGAACUUCCUUCCUUCUUAAGCACUUCUCCUUGAGCAUGCACGUUUGUUGACGGUUGCCAUGGCUUCCAGGGUACGAGAAUUCCCCGUCUCCCACCCAAGGCCAAUAGAGAGAACACUUGUCAAAAAGAGACAAAGGCCCACUUGUAGAGCGUGGAAGGCGAAGGUGCCUCUGAUGAGUCGCGUCCCCGGUUCUUCGUUCAUAAGGCACGAGAGGCCAAUCGAGGAUUUCUUGCAUCCUCAGCAAUACUAAUGGGUGCAAAUGCUCAGUUCCCUAAGGAAAAGCUCCUCAACCGGAUGAAUGGGCGACCUCCAACUGAGCCAUGCUCUUCUGAUCGCCUCUGCUACAAAAAAGAGACGUGUCGUGUGGAAAAAGCGUUUCUCCUGGUUUUUGUUUUUCUGUUCAUUUUGCAUCAUCGAUGAAUGCUGUUCUGUCGGACUUUUGUUGAGAACAUUCACAUAGUGUGGACUUUUCAUGUGCUGUAAUAUGUUGAUAUGACCGUUUGUGUACCAACAUUUCAUUCCUACAAUAAACCCUGCAUAGUUGUUAGAGUGUCAA